GCGCUACAGUAUUACAGCCAACAAGACAGGAUGAACUUCUCGCGACAAGCCGUACUGCUUGCUACCGUUGUGCUGUUUUGCUCGUCGGGAACGUACGGAGCCGCAAGUUGCAACGCGAAAGAAAGGUGCCUACCGAUCCAGUACUGUCCGACGCUUCAAAGGCUCGCUUUGGCGAACCCGAACAAGAUCCAUGACACGCCACUUUCCUGGACCAAAAAACUGUGCAAACCGGUGAGGGCAAUCACCGACGGGGAUCACGUGUGCUGUCCGAAGAAAGUUAUCGAGUGCAAUUUAAACGGCGAACCGGGAGCGUGCGUCCGAAAGGAGCGGUGCAAGGCGUUGCAAUCGAAGACGGAAUCUCGAUUGCUGAAGUUUUACGAAAAGUAUCUUUGCUACAGUUACAACAAUCAGAACUUCUUUUGCUGUACGGACCCGCACUGUCUGGUGCGCAAGGCGAAGUGUGAUGGCGAUGCUGGCGUAGUGAAGCCCCCAAAAACCAUCCGCAUCGGAUCGGAGUCCGUGUUCCAGCAGUGCGUUAAAGGAAGGAAGUGGGGUGCUCUGGUGCCGAAAGCCUUGUGUAGUGGCGGCGACUCGAAGAAUGAUACACUGUGCUGUGUGCCCCCGACGAUUCACCCGUUCAUAGCCAAUCCGAAGGCUGCCAAUUUGGCCAACAUGAGUUGCGGAGUGCCAGGCAUGAUACCAAAGAUUGCGAAUGGGACCGCCGUCCACCGCGGGGAAUUCCCGUGGAUGGUAAGCUUGCUCUACAGACCACCGACGUCUUCAGUGUGCUCCGGCACGCUGAUUCAUCCGAGGUAUGUGCUGACGGCGAGACACUGCGUUCGGGGUCGCGCGCCGCAUAAUGUUCGGCUCGGUACCCUCCGCUUGAGUGGAUCCCGGAGCGGAGAACAGGAUCCCGAGGAGCAAGUGAUUGGCGUUAGCGCUCGCUACCCACACGAGUGGGCCGAUAUAGCGUUGUUGCGGCUGUCCCAAGAAGCAACGCUCGUGGAAGGCUUGGUACAGCCGAUAUGCUUACCGCUGUAUGCGAAGCUUCUCAUGCACUUGCCCCGCAACGUGAUCAUCGCUGGAUGGGGCCUGACGGAAAAUGAGGAAGUCUCGGAGAACCUUUUGAAGGCGGCCACUGAGGUAGAGCUGUACGGUGACGAUUGCGACAAGGACUACGAGGUGUGCACGCGACGGAACAGUGGCACUAUUCACUGCCCCGGUGACUCGGGUGGGCCGUACCAAGCGUUGAGUGACGUCAAUGGUGCUGGUAGAUUCGUUCAGUACGCAGUCAUCUCCCGAGGCUCCAGUUCCUGCCGCGAACCCGAACACUCCGGCAAAGGCGUAAUGGUGGGCUACUUUAUCGACUGGAUCCUACAGCACAUUCCUGUGUAAUUCGGCGAGCUGAAGGAGUAAUCUGAGUUUUUGAGAGGGCUCUGAUGGGAUUAGAAUGAGUCGAAUUGACUUCGGCCGGUAUCGAUCUCGCAACAACAUACUCACUUUGAUGUCAAUAUACUUACGUUUAAUACUCGACUAUUUGUGAUCGACACAAACACAGAACAAUUCU